UACAGAUAGAUGAAUUUUACAGUCAGUAUCUACGUGUAGACUAUACAGGAACGUUACAAUAAUGUUUUCAUCGUUUUGGCAGCUGUUUGGUUACUCCACCUUUAAAUAUCGAAGAGUUUCUGGAAAUUCCAUCUCUACGCUAGUAUUGGAUAAACAACCAACAUCAGUUCUUGAGGUUAAAUCUGCUGUGUCAAAGUCACUCGGGAUAGGCGCUGACGAUGUUGACGUCAUCAGUAACACAACAAUCUUAGAAAACUACCAGUGUGACUUCAGUAAAGAUAACCUCACGGAGAUACUGGUACACACGAAGUACAGACGUGUACCGGCCGGGAAGCGGACCAAUAGGGAGGACAUGUUUGAAGGCAAUAUGGCGGACGGGGACCGUGUCAAAAUGUCUUGUAAACAUGCAGCAACCCCAGAGAACCUUUAUAGGUAUUGUCUGAGCAAACUCAACAGCUGUGACCUCCGGUUCAAGUGCAUGGAAUGUAGUACUACAUGGGAGUUACCGGAAAUAGCAACUAAAGCUGAUAUGUCCGACGACGAAUAUGUGUUUUUCUCAAGAAAAAUGACACAAGUCUUUAUCGACCAGUCCAAUGACAUCCAUCAAUGCCCGACUUGUAGAGUUAACUGUUCAAGGAAGGAUACAAAAAAUAAACAAGUUCAGUGUCUGGUAUGUAAGAAAGAGGGUAGAACCGUGUACAGCUUUUGCUGGGAGUGCAAUGUGCCUUGGACAAAAAAUCAUAAUUGUAAGAUUUUUUUUCUUACUCAAGAAAUCCUUGAUAACUGUGAGCGCAUCACGAUGGAAUAUAGUGACAUACAAAAUGUUCCAAAAGUUCGCGCAUGUCCAAAAUGUGAAUUGUAUAUCGAGCACGAGAGUGGGUGCAAGACCAUGGAUUGUACUAGCUGUCACCAUACUUUCUGCUUCAGCUGUCUGAAGCCUGCAGAUGAAAAUGGCGUGCUUCAGUGUGGAAUGUAUUCUUCCAAAUGCGAAGUUGCUCCUAUUCAGAAACUUAAAAGGCACGAAUAGAAAAGAUAAGAAUAACUGAAUAUUAUGUUUUCAAAUGCUGUUCAGUGUUGUGUUUCGGCUGGAAGUAAUCUGACUAAAAUUCAAAUUAUCAUUAUACUUCAGAUAUUGUACUAGAAGAAGUCCCGAUGUCGGUAUUUUCUAGUCCUAUUCAGUGUUGUGUUUGGACUAGAAGAAGUCCCGAUGUCGGUAUUUUUUAGUCCUAUUCAGUGUUGUGUUUGGACUGGAAGAAGUCCCGAUGUCGGUAUUUUUUAGUCCCAUUCAGUGUUGUGUUUGGACUAGAAGAAGUCCCGAUGUCGGUAUUUUCUAGUCCUAUUCAGUGUUGUGUUUGGACUAGAAGAAGUCCCGAUGUCCGUAUUUUCUAAUGCAUUGUAGAGUAUGCCUGUUUGAUAGCAAUUAACUAUAAGGUAUGCCACAUUUCCAAGAGGAUGGAGUACUAGCACCACGCAUUGGAAUGUUAACUGUAUGUGAGUUGAUGCCAUUUUUACGUUCAUUAGACUUUGAACGUACAGCAUGUUUGGUUCAUGAGAUUAUGUUCUGCUAUAUUGUUAUUAUACAUGUAGGAACGCCGCAAAUGAGUUAUUGUAAGUUCCAUUAUAUUUACAUUGACUACAAAAUGCAUGCCAAACUAAAGUAAUAUCAUGAAUAUAUAAUUAUUCAAAAAUAUUUUUGAGGCAUGGACUCGUCCGAGUGACGGAAGAGCCAAUCACAACAUUGUAUUAUCAAAGGCGGCAUUUCAAUGUACACUUAUUGGUGGGAUUUACUGAGACUGGUAUCGACAACAAAUGCUGCUUAUUCGCGAUAUAUUAUGCAUUUCUUUAAUUAAAGUUAAUUAUCUUUGUGUGUGAUUUCUUUUCUGUUAGUACAUGUAUAUUACAUGUAUUUUUGUCAGUGAUUUUUUUUGGCCAGAUCUACAGCCGACUUUAGGCUGUUUCCCCUUGCCCAAAAAAGUUCUAUUUUCCCAAUUUUGAAACAUCAUUUUUCCCAAUUUAAAAAAAAAAAUUGUAUUGCUUUUCUAUCUGGUUAUCUGUAUUGUAAUUCAUUCCUAGAAUAUGUGAAUAUUAUGGUACGAUAGUUGAUCAUCAUACACGUGAACAGUAGACUGACAAAUUUACUUCCGCGAUAGGCAAGUCGUAUAAACGGUAUAAGGCAGGUAACUCGAAUCCUGAUCACUGUUGCGCUUUCCACAAAUGACAUGCAGGCAAGCGUUUCAGAGAGUCCGUAGACAAACACCAAGAUGAAAACAAGAAAACUUCCUUUGUUUUGUAGUCUAAGUAAUAACCCAGGAUGCUUGCUACUGACCCUUCAUAUCAUGAGGCAGACUAGAAAAGUCAAUAAAUGAAGUUUUGACUUA